AGAACUAAAUCAUGAGGGAGACAAACAGGCGGCCUCUUCAUGUUCCUUCCACCACAUCGGCUUGAGAACUGCUGCCUCGCUUCUGUCAACAGCACCUUCGUCAUGACCUUCAUGUUAACCUGAACUGUUACACAGAGUUGCUGAAGAGAAAAGAUGUUUCUAUAGUCUAAUGAUCCUAACUGUUGAUUGGAAUAAGAGACUUUGUUGAGGGAGUGGAUUAUGACUGAAUGAUAAUACCGCUCCAGACACCAGACACUAGAAAUGGAUAUGACACCAAUUCUUGGCUUCCUGAUCAUCUAUAUAAACUGUGUGACAGGACUGGGUGUCCUUAAGCCUGAUGAAGUGGAGGUGAACAUUUUGGAUGGGGAGGCAAAAGUACAUUGGAAACAUCCUGCAGAUGCCCCCUCAAACUCCCAGUACAAUGUACAAAUGGCAAAGUAUACUGGUAAUUGGAGCAUAGUGACCAGCUGCACAAAGAUCAAAAAUACCUACUGUGACCUUAGCGGCCUUACACCUGACUAUGACACUGCCUACAAGGUCAGAGUUCAGCUGGUCACAGGAGAUUAUGUGUCUGCGUGGAUAAGAAAGAAGUUUCUUCUAAAUACAAGUAAACUGCAACCUCCCUCAUUCACUUUGUGGGCUACAUCCAGCACUUUAAAGGUUUAUGUUCACCAAAAACCCAUUCUGAAAAAACUCUUUCCUUUUGGACUCAUCUACACAUUCUACCUGGAGGAGACAGGCCAAGAUACGAAGAAUACCACAGCAUACCUCAAAGAUGAUUCAAUAGAGGAGGAUCAGAGGACCAAGACUUUCAGUUCUCUUCACUGGGGGAAAGAAUACUGUGUCAGCAUUAAGGUAGAGAGCAAUGGAGCGCUCUCAGCCAGCAGUGUGUCCCCUAAACAGUGUGUGCGACUGCCAGAGCAAGAAUGGUACACAAUUGUUGUGACAGCCUUAUCUAUUCUUAGUGUGGUGGCUGUCGCGACUAUCAUCGCAGCCCUCCUCCUAUAUUACCUUAGAGGUCCAGAGAAAACACCUGCUGUUCUAAAAUCCCCUGUGAGUGGGUGGCUUCCAGUCUCCGUUGGAGAAGCAACUAUGGAGGUUGUGACAGACAAAGGAUGGUUCCUGUCCAGUGACGAAACAGAAACGAAAAACUCUGUCAAACACCCAGUGGCCAAUGUUACAAUAACAGAGGAAAAUGGUGAGGGGGAAGAUAGAAGGACAAGCAUGGACAGUGGGGUCAGCAUGGUGUCCAACUCUGCAAACGACAGUAGAGAAAGUUCUCCAAGGAGACAAGAGGACAGCGGCUGUGGGAGUUUGGGAGGACCAGAGAGCUCCACGAGCAGUCAGACAGAUUACCCCAUGCAGGAAGAGAGGACUGACACCGAUAUGACUAGGAAGAGGGAGGAUAGUGGGGUGGGGCUAGGCUGCCAGAUUCAUUCUUCUUCCAUGAAUCUGGAUGGACAGGACAGUGGGACUCUAAAGGAUGCUGUUGCCUGGGGUAACUAUCGCAGACAGAGCCCCACCGCUGUGCACAGUCACGUCUGCGACAAUGAGGAAGCGUUUAAACUGAUGCUGCCUGACUCCAUUUUGGCCGAAGUGGUCACAGGUUACAGGGCUGGGCCUCAGUCCUGUAUCUGCUCAGGAGCAGGUCAGUGCACUUGGUGCCAUAAACAAGGCCUUUAUGGAACAGGAGUUAUCAAACAAUACAGAGCUUUGUGUGUUGACAAUGGACUACUGAGCAACAAAUGUGAUUUUGUUGACUCUUACAAAGGGAUUACAUUUUCAAGUUGUUCUAAAAAAACACAAAUGAACACUGUCACAAUGGACGACUUUGAUACAACUUUUACAGAAUUUAGGGAGACUUUACCUCUGCUAACAGCUAUAGCACCGCUGUCCCUAAUGGAGGGACAACGGGACUUCAAUAUGAACAAUGUGUCCCUCUCUCUCUGUGACGUACAGCUGACAAGUGACUGACACACUGUGGAAUGCAACAGUUCUACUUACAAAAUCAUGCUGACGUAACCUGACAUGAGCUUCACCCUUUUUUAAAGAGCUCUACUGGAGCAACACACUCGCUUUUCCCACAAGACACACUGUUGGAAACGUGCUAGAAGCUUGAAUUUUGUAUUUGGGGAGUAGAAAUGCUCAAAAAGGGGAAAACAGAGCAAGCAACAGGUUGUUACUGAUCUUAUAAAGGAAAUAGAGGUUAGACCACGCAGCUGCAGAGAGGCAACCGUUGGGUGGUGUCUCAGGAGCUUCUAGAGUCUGAGAAUAUAGUGCUGAAGACCUUAUUUAACCCUGUCUCAUUGGGUAUAUAUUUUUUGGGGUAUUUUUGUUUUGUUUUUUUAAACUAAUAUGUAGUAUACCAGAAGUGAAACUCGUGUGGGAAGCAAUGCGAAGAAACUGUUUGACAGUUACGUGCUUUUGGACAUUUCGUGAUUUCUCCCUGACUCCCUCCUCUGCCAACGAUGGUACCCAUAUGUCAGCAACCCACCUUUUAAGUUUCUUUGAUCUACUUGACACAAUUAAAAUAUUUGACAAAGAAAAACAUUUGUGGGACCAUUUCUUAAUUCAUCUUUAUUCCAAAAACUUUUCCAAUAUCAAGUAUUGUUAAGCAGGACUUUUUGUUACAAACUGUUUUGAAUGUACUCUGACUGCAAGUGACCUUCAUGUCUUACAGUCUAAACUGCAGGUGUACUUCCCUGCCUAAACUAUUAAUUAGAUGUUAAAAGAAGGGUUUUUUUAUAAAUAAGAUUAUUAUUUAUUGUGUAUUACUGUGAAUAUAAGUGGCUGUGGGUAAUGUGAUUAAAAGAAACCGUGACUUUGGAAUGUUUUGCAAGUUUCAUACAUUCACAAAAACCCCAACAAGUCAACGAAAUGAUGUUGAUUUCAGAAACCAUGACUCAAACAAACAAGGAAACACAAGGAAAACCCUAAAACAUCAAGGUGAUACCAGCUGGAAAAUAAACAUUACAUGACACUUAGCUGUAUGGGAUCCCCAUAUGUAAAUUCAGUACAGGAACCAGAGCAGUGGUUUCAAACUUGUAAACAAACACUUCCUCUUUCAGGUUUCCACUCAGUUUAAAAAGUCCCGCAUCGCAUUGAGAGCAGGAGAGCAAAUAUUGUCAAUAGGGCUGUAAUUUCAGAGACAUCUAUCGUCUCAUUGUUUGUUGGAAAAACACCACCCUGAAAUUAAUCGGAUCCCUGGAAAGAAAAUCAUGCAACCUCCUUCUGCACAUGUAGCAUAAAGUACAGGGGAAGUGAGAAAACCUUUGGUUAAUCCUGAAGACUGAGAAAAAGAUCCUUUUCCAGAAUUGCAAAAUAUCACAUGUCACUGGUACUAACCCACUGACCAUCAUCAAACGUAGAACAGAGUUUGUUUUGCUGUAUAAAGUAAAACCUGCAUACUUUAUACAAAUCACACUUUGCCCACUUGCAGCUUAGUUACCAGGUUACUCAUAAUAGUCAAAUUAGACACCAUGCAAAUUGCUAUGUCCUAUUUUGAGAGCAAACAAUCAUAGCUCUAUAAUUCAUGCAUAUCCAACGACCGGUGACUGUCUGUAGCUCAGCACGGGUUA